AUGUCAUCAGAGGCCUCACCGACCGAAUUACUCAGGGAACUACACGUUCAGUUCAUUGUGGGACUAGACAAGCGGAAAGAUGAGUUCGAAUAUUGGGCGAGCGAACAUUUACGGCUGAAUGGUGUUUACUGGGGCCUCACGGCUCUCGAUUUGAUGAAUCGAAAGGAUGAAUUGGCCAAAGAAGACGUUAUUGAUUUUGUUCUUUCAUGUCAGCAGGAUAAUGGAGGUUUUGGUGGAAUGACCGAUCACGACGCGCACCUUCUCUAUACCCUGAGCGCUAUCCAAAUUUUGGCUACACUAGAUGCAAUCGAUCGAUUGGAUGUAGAAAAAGUGGUCGAAUUCGUCAAAUCAUUAUCGCGACCCGACGGGUCCUUCGCGGGUGACGAGUGGGGCGAGGUCGAUACGCGAUUUACAUAUUGCGCGCUAUCCUGUCUAUCAUUAUUAAAUCGACUUGAUGCGGUCGAUGUGAAGAAAACGGUUGAAUAUAUUGAUUCUUGUCGCAACUUUGAUGGUGGUUAUGGGAGCGUACCCGGGGCUGAGUCCCAUGCGGGGCAAAUAUUCUGCUGUGUUGGAGCGCUUGCGAUUGUAAAUUCUUUGCAUCUGGUGGAUGCUGAUCAACUGGGGUGGUGGCUCGCUGAGCGACAACUCAAAAACGGAGGACUGAACGGUAGACCCGAGAAGCUUGAAGAUGUCUGUUAUUCAUGGUGGGUUAUUUCAGCCCUUGCCAUCCUCGAUCGAACCCACUGGAUCAAUAAGCAAAAGCUGACUGAAUUCAUUUUGAGCUCACAAGACACGGAAACGGGUGGUAUAGCAGAUCGACCAGGCGACUACCCCGAUGUUUUUCACACAUUGUUUGGGGUGGCUGGGCUAUCACUGUUGGGGUAUGAAGGGUUAAAGGCUGUGGAUCCCAGAUAUUGCAUGCCUCGUUAUGUUAUUGAGCGCAUUAUUGGGUAG